GUGUAGUCUGCACUUGGUCAAAGUCGUAUUAGGACGUAUUUUAUCCAUACUUGUGUGAUCUUAUACUACACCUGAAAUCGUCGGCAUUAUAGAUUUUAGUAUAUAACAGAAUAUAUCCGGUCACCGUUUACAACAAUAUGUAUGACAUACCUGGAUAACAUGACCGAAACUUACAGUUGUGAUAAAUAAUUGUGUCUUGUUUGUAAGAGCAUAUGGUCGUUCAUGGUUUCUACUUUCUAUAGAUUAACCUACACCUGACCAGCCCCGAAACAAAGGAAGAUCACGCGAAUGACGUGGUAUUACGUUGUUUCUUAUCUCUAGGUUAGAUAUUGGACUUGUGGUCCCUGACCUCCUGUGUAUGUUUUACUGUGGAUAGCCAUGGCAAGAUUAACGAUAUUUCUACUCUUAUCACUCUUCGGAGGAAAAGUCUCGAGUUUUCUCGUUGACUACGUCAAUGAACUUGAUGGCCCGAUGGAUUUUUCCUGUGGAGGAAAUACAUCGUUACACCAAUUAGCUAGUAGCCAUGACAACCGAGCUGAGGACAGAAAAUGGUCGUUCGGUUGCCUACCAUCACGAAAUGAGGUUAUGAACUGUGUUUGGUCAGGCUACGUAAACGACUUUGAUGGUCCUGUUCUGUACGAGUGUCCAGGAGAUGAUUUCAUUAACGGUAUUCGUAGUGUCCAUGACAACGGUAAAGAGGACAGACGUUGGUCCUUCCAAUGUUGUUCGCUUAGAGGUCACGUGAGAGACAAGUGCCAUUUCACAGGGUAUGUCAACCAGUAUGACGGCCCGCUGUCAUACACCGUACCUGACGACCAGCUGAUACAUGGCACCAAUAGUAUCCAUGACAACGGCCCUGAAGACCGCAUAUUUGCCUUUGAAGUUUGCCAUUUUGUGGAGGGAGGAAUGUAAAAGGAAAUACAUAAAAGGCAACAUUCAGAAUAAAUCUAAGAUUGAUGUUA